AUGUUUAAGGUAUUUGUAUCUGGACUGCGACUUUUUACGAUGUCAGCAAUCCAAAAACCCGAAGCUUUAUUUGUUUUGGGAGGACCAGGUGCGGGUAAAGGCACACUGUGUCGAUACAUAACAGAAAAUUAUGGUUAUGUGCACUUGUCAGCUGGUGAUCUGCUAAGAGAAGAACGCGCAAAGCCGGGCUCACAGUAUGGGGAACUUAUUGAAAAUCAUAUUACAAAUGGAACGAUCGUACCUGUUGCGAUUACCUGUAGUCUUCUGGAUCGUGCAAUGCAAAUGUCCGAUAAUGUACAUAAAAGAUUUUUGAUCGAUGGCUUUCCACGAAAUCAAGACAACAUCGAUGGUUGGAAUAUGACAAUGUCUGAUAAAUGUAUAAUAAAGGGAGUAUUAUUCUGUGAAUGCACUAAGGAAGUAUGUACUCAGCGGUGUUUAAAACGUGGAGCUGCAGGAAGUGGAAGAACUGAUGAUAAUGAAGAAGUAUUAGUGAAAAGGCAUGAAACUUAUAUUACAAAUACCAUGCCUAUAAUUGAAUUCUUUGAAAAACAAGGCAUAGUUUAUAAAGUAAAUAGUAUGCAGUCACCAAAAAAAGUAUUUGAAGAUGCUAAGAACAUUUUAUCCAAAAUAGGAUGGUGAUACAUAACAGUGGAGUAGUUAUUAAUGAUCUCAGUGAGAUCAAAUUACACUCCAGUUGCAUAUACUAAUCAUUUUACUUUAAAAAGUAUAUCUUUUAUAGAGACAUUUUAUUUUGUAGCAAUAUUAUGUCUAAUUUAUAUUGUAUAUCUUUGCAUUUAUGAAAACACUAGAUCACAUUAGUCUUAAAAUAUAUUUUUGAUGCAGCAA